AUGAACGGCUUCCCGGGGCCGCCAGCCUCGGCCUGGCAAGAGCACCACACGCCCGAUGGCCGCGCCUAUUACUACAACGCCUCGACAAAGGUGACGCAGUGGACCAAGCCCGAAGACAUGAUGAGCCCGGCCGAGCGCGCCUUGGCGAACCAGCCCUGGAAGGAGUACACUGCCGAGGGUGGAAGAAAAUACUGGUACAACACCGAGACGAAGCAGAGUUCCUGGGAGAUGCCCGACGUUUUCAAGAACGCCCUUGGCACCCCCGAGAGUCGCAACUCCUUUACCGCGCCCGCAGCACACAGCCAAGGCCAUGGUGGCGGCAGCCGUCACGGCUACCGUGACCAGGGACGCGGCAUGCGAGAUUCGCGAGAUUCGCUCCCCGAAAAUCGCCAGCUGUCACGAUCCUUCGUCCCCGCCGUCGAAAGCGGCCCUGAAUAUGCCACCAAGGAGGAGGCCGUUGCUGCCUUCACAAAGGCGCUCCGUCGCCAUGGAGUCCAGCACGACUGGACCUGGGAGCAGGCUUUGAAAACCGCAGCCAAGGACCCUCAGUUUCGCGCCAUCAAGCAGCCCAAGGCCAGGAGGGAGGCGUUUGUCAAGUACUGCCAGGACAUGGUCCUUCACGAACAAGAGCGAGCCAAAGAGAGGCUUGCCAAGCUGCGGGCCGACUUCGAGACCAUGCUCAAGCGACAUCCCGAGAUCACUCACAUCACUCGAUGGAAGACGGCUCGGCCCAUGAUUGAAGGCGAGACCCAUUUCCGCUCCACCGACGACGAAAGCGAGCGUCAACAGCUGUUCAGCGAGUACGUCGCCGAGCUCAAGAAGAACAACAAGGAAACGCAAAUUGCCCAGCGAAAGGCGGCCUUGGACGGGCUCAAGGAGCUCCUGCCAAAGCUCCACAUCAAUGCAUACACUCGCUGGGACGACGGCUCGCAGAUCAUCUCGGCUGCCACGCAGAGCGACCCCAAGUAUCAGGUUCUCGUUAUGAGCGACAUCUUGACAAAGUUCCAGGACCACAUCAAGUCCCUGGAGCGCGCCCUGAAUGAAAAGAAGCAGCAUGAUAAGAAGAUGCAAUUCAGGCGCGAGCGCCAGAACAGAGAUGUGUUCAAGGGCCUCUUGGCCGAGCUCCGACGAGACGGCCACAUCAAAGCCGGCUCCAAGUGGAGCCAGGUUUGCCGUCUCAUGGAAAACGACGAGCGCUAUCUGAAUAUGCUGGGCCAAGACGGUCCUACCCCGCUCCUGUUGUUCUGGGACAUGGUCGAGGAGGAAGAACGAGCACUGCGCGGUCCGCGAAACGACGUGCUGGAUGUCCUCGAAGACAAACGGUUCGAUCUCACGCCCAACACGACUCCAGAGGAGUUCAUGUCGGUGAUGAGGGAGGAUCGCCGAACGGCCAACAUUGAUCAAGCCCUUUUGCAACUGAUCUUUGAACGACUCCGCGAGAAGCGAGCUGCGAAGCGCGAGGACGAUCGACAUCCCGACCGCCAUCAGCGCCACGCACUUGACAACCUGCGAUCGCACAUGAAACGCCUCGAGCCUCCGAUAGUGAUGGACGACUCGUGGGAGUCUGUGCGACCCCGGGUCGCGAAAUCGGCAGAGUUUCAAGCCGUGGGCUCAGAGGAUUCCGCUCGGCACGCGUUCGACAGGCACAUGCGUCGUCUCAAGGACAAGGCAGACGAGGAGCCGGAGCGAGGCAAUCGACGCGACAGCCGUGUCUCGAGCGAACGAGACUUGUCUCACCGUAACAGAGAGCGGUCCAGAGGCGACAGAUCCCAUCGAGGCAGACGGCCUUCUCGACGAAGUCGUAGCCCAGAGCCAGACCCGUAUGAAGCCGACAGGCGCAGAGCUGGUGCUGAGAGAGAGCGAAACCACCGCAAGUCUGCCAUGGCAGAGAACGUCCUGUCCGCCGGCGAUCGUGCUCGCCUGAGCCCACCCCCGCCGCCCCGCCGUGAGCGCGACCGUGACCACCGCGAGCGAGACCGCGACUACGAUCGCUACAGUCGCCCCCGUCGAAGCGAGGAUGCGCCCUAUGGCCGGGAGCGCAGGGACAGGGAAGACGACCGCGAGCGAUCGUUUCGCCGCCCAAUCGAUGCCCGCUCAGUCGACGAACUCAACUACGGAGAUGAACGGCCUCCGACCUCCACAGUUUCUCGACGCCGACGCCCGGAUGACGAGGAGGGGCUUUCGCGGAAAGACACUCGGGACUCGAAGAGAAUCAAGCGAGACACGUCUCGAGAGCGAACUCCCAAACGCGAGGCGCGCUCGCGAGUCAAAUCUUCUCCCGCAGUCACCAAGGAGGUGAGGGGUGUCAGGAGCGGAAGCGAGGAGGGAGAGAUCGAGGAGUGA